CAAUUAAAAAGAAAAAGAAGAGAAGAGUCACCAAUCAAAUCGUUCUUCUCCUCUCUCUCUCUCUCUCUUUCGUCUUCUCCAAUCGAAUUUUUUCUCCAAAGAUUUCAACGCUUAAUCUGAAUCCUUCUUCUUCUUACGCUUAUUAGUAAGUUGAUACAACGAAUUUGAGGAUAAGAUGAUCAAAGCCGCCAUGGAUCUCGGUUGUUUGGAUUUGGGAUGUCUUUCUUCACUCUCUGACAAGAAAACCGCCGCCGCCGGUGUUUCUGAUCCUCUUCAAUUCUCUUCGUCCCCUUCGAAAUCUUGCAAGAACAAGUCACCAAGAGAGACAUCAUCAGCGAUUAGGAAAUCACAAUCAAAGAGGUCUUCUUCUCAACGUAAAACCUCACCUCUUGGCUGGUUCCCUCGGAGUAGAAAGGGGGAUUCAUACUUGAAUAGGAAGAUUAAGAAGCUACAGGAGGUUGGAGGAAUGAACCAGACGCUGGAUGAGACUCUUGGCGACUCUAAUCCACACUACUGUAAGAUUGUAAGGGAACAGAUGGCUGUGAGGGAGGCUGCAGGUAAAGCCAUGGAGCUCCGUAAAGCUGCUCUCGUUGAAGCAUCUUGGUGUAGAAUACUUCGAGCUGCUAGGAUUCCAUGUACAGAAGCAGAAACUUUAAUGGAAAAUGCAGAAAAGGCUGCAGUAGAAGCUUUUGAAGCGGCAUCUGCAAUGGGAGUGAUAAUGCAUGAUAAACCAAAUAGCUCGAGGAAACAAUAUCGUAUCGAAACAUCAGGAACACAUGGAAGGGGAUCUCCUACUCAUACCGUUACUGCGUCUUUCGAAACUGCCUUUGAUGUGGAUAAAGAAGUAGCUGCUGCUGUUAAAACUGCAUUCGCUAGGCUUGCAAACUCCCCCUCUGUCAGUAAAGCUGAGUUUAGAGACCUUCUGAAGAAAAUCAGCGAGCAUCCUGAUGUGCGUGAUAAUCAUGAGAUCACUGAGAUGUCUUCAGAAUGCGACACUGAGUCAGAUUCUGAACUGGGAAUUCUACACAAGGUUGAUGAAGAAGUGGCUGAAUGCGAGGAGACUUCAUCCUUCAAAACGAGACAGUUAAAAGUCAAGAGGCGGCAGUCCUUUGGGAAGUUUAGCAGGGAGAAGCUGCUGGAUAUGUUGCUUGAGAGGCUUCAGGGCUUACAAGAAGAUCAUCUUUCAAGUCUUGCCUCUGUAGUAGCAACUUGUGGUUUAAAUGAGGCCUUGAGGGGACAUACCACAAGCAUCGAGGAACCAACCGUUUCAGACCAUGGGAAUUCUUCUUCAAUGGAUAUAAGAUCAAGAAGAGAUUCUAAGUGCGGGUCCUUAAUGGAAGGAAAAACAACAAGGAAUGGAACAGAGACAGAGAUUCCGAGUUUGGACAAGUAUCUAGUUAAGCACAUGACCAAAUUAGAAAGAGAAGUCUAUGAAGCCAAAAGGGCUUCAAAGGAAAAUUCUGACAAAGACAGAAAGGUUCCUCAAGGUGUUGCAAGUGAUCCUGUUCCAGAUUUGGGAAGCAUCCUUAUGAAACAUUCUUCAAGGCUUGAGAAGGAGGUCGAAGAAGCCAAGAAAAACCCAGGAAUAAAUUCUAGAAAGUACCAGAAGAACUCAAGCAGAAACAAAACGUCAAUGGAUCCUAUCCCGGACUUGGAAAGUUUGCUAGUGAAAAAGCAUGUUUCUGAACUGGAGAAGGACGUUCAAGAAACUAUAAGGAACUGCGGAAAAAUGUAUGAGAACGUGAAGAAGCCGGGAAAGAAAGAGAGUUCGUCUGAGGUUCCCAGCCUGGAUAGUUGUCUGGUAAAACAUGUCUCCAAGCUAGAGAAAGAAGUCCAAGAUGCAAAGAAGAGAAACCAAGAAGAACUUGAUUCAAGAAAUUUAGAAACUGUUUCAAGUGUGGCGGCUGAAGAAUUGGGAAAAGAAAACGUAGACUUGAACAAUAAAGCUGAGGGUCAAGAAGAAAGCUUAGACAAGAUCUUGGUCAAACCGGUUCACAGGUUGGAAAGAGAGAAAGUUGCAUCAGAAGCACUUUAUGGAAAUCGGAGGAUUCAAAGGAGAAAACAAGCAGCAAAAACAGACUCAGAUUAUGAGAGUUUGGACAAAAUUUUGGUGAAACAUGUUCCAAAGCUAGAAAAGGAGAAGCAGAGGUUCAAAACUAAAUUAGAAGAGACGGAAAACUCAGUGAACAAUAAUGAAGGUAGCUUGGAACAAACACGGGAAAAACAUAACCAGGGACCUGAGAGCACGAAGACGGCAAAACCAAUUCUCACCAGACAACAAAUGAGGGAUAUAGAGAUACAAGAAACUUGGGGUGGUUUAGGCCUUGGGGAGUCAAAGAUCAAUAGCCAGAAGAGACUCGAUAUCAAGAAAACAGAAGCUACUGAGCAUUUGGGAGAAGUCACAAGACCGAUUCUUACUAGACGACAAGCGAGGGACAAAGAAAUGCUAGAAGCUUGGGGCGGUUUAGGACUUGGGGAGUCAAGCCUGCACCAAAAUAAGCAGAAAACGAAACCUGAAACCGAGAAGACAGAGAAAGCAAUACCACUGUCAACAAGAAGACAAGCAAGGGAUAGAGAGAUGCAAGAAGCUUGGGGUGGUUUAGAUCUCGGGAACUCGAUUCGACCGAGUCUGUCAAAACUUGAAAGAGAGAAGGCUGCAUGGAUUAAGGCCGAGAAAGAGGAAACUACCGGAGGAAACUAAUGUGCAGUGGAACAGAACAUAGAAACAUAUAGAUUCUUAUAAUAAAUGGACAAUUAGAUCUAGAUUCUUAUAAUAAGGAUCUAGCUAGUUUCAAAGAAAAUAAUGUGUAAAUUUCAUUUGGUAACAGUUUUAGCGUGUAUGUAAUAAAAGUUUUCUUUUGUUAAGGAUUA